UUCAGACGCAGCUGCCAAAAGCCUAAAACAGUGCGUCGAGUCGCAUCUCAGCGUUAUAAGCCUGAGGAUCCAUCUGAUAUUUCUCAAGGUGCAAAACGCAAAAACACUAAGUUUUUCGUUUGCUCUCGAGACGUGAAAAAGAUGAGUACUCUUCUCCGAAUUCUCGUGAAAGAACCCGGAUAUCUUACAGUUAAUCAUGCGAGGGAUGCUGCGAUAGCAUGGUUUAGACUCGUAUUCCCCAGUCUUGACACGCAAUAUCAUGGGAAAGAGCAAAGGGUGAGAAACAUGAAAUUGGGCGCAUCAUCAACUAUUUGUACGGUGUCGAUCAUCAAUGAGUCACAGCCGCUUAUGUAA